AACCCCGGCGAGAAAGAGUGUGUGUGAUGGUGUAGAGAAGGCGCAUGUGUGAUGAGUGUGUAUGUGUAUGCAGACACUGCCCACCGCUGUCGCGCUCCCCCCAUCUUGCAUGUGGACCGUCUACCGCCGGACGGAGUCGCACCAGGGUUCGUGCCACUGCAGGGGAAAAACCCGGCAAGAAUGGAUUUCUAACAACGUUUCUCCUUUCUGUCCUUUACCCAACUGACGUCAUCCUCAAUGUCUCUCACAAAUUUGAACUAACAAAAUGAGGAUUUCUUGUAAUCAGCUCUUACUGCUAUUCUCUUGCGUUUGGGGACUCACUAUGGGUGCUUUUCCGAGCAGCGUUCAAAUCGGCGGGCUGUUCAUCAGGAACACAGAUCAGGAGUACACUGCCUUUCGGUUGGCCAUUUUUCUUCACAACACAAGCCCUAAUGCAUCCGAGGCCCCUUUUAACCUGGUACCCCACGUGGACAACAUUGAGACAGCCAACAGCUUUGCCGUGACCAAUGCCUUCUGCUCGCAGUACUCACGGGGCGUGUUCGCCAUUUUCGGACUGUACGACAAGAGGUCGGUUCACACGCUAACUUCCUUCUGCGGCGCACUGCACAUCUCCCUCAUCACGCCCAGUUUCCCCACCGAGGGCGAGAGCCAGUUCGUCUUACAGCUGCGGCCAUCCAUACGAGGAGCCCUUCUCAGCCUGCUAGACCACUACGACUGGAAUCGCUUCGUCUUUCUCUACGAUACCGACAGGGGUUAUUCUAUACUACAGGCCAUCAUGGAAAAGGCUGGCCAGAACGGUUGGCAGGUCAGCGCUAUAUGUGUUGAGAACUUUAAUGAUGCCAGUUACCGACAGCUUCUCGAAGACCUGGACCGUAGGCAGGAAAAGACGUUUGUCAUAGACCUGGAGGCAGAGAGACUGAACAACAUGCUGGAACAGAUUGUGAGUGUCGGCAAGCAUGUCAAAGGCUACCAUUACAUCAUGGCAAAUUUGGGUUUUAAGGACAUCAAUCUGGAGCGUUUCAUGCAUGGGGGAGCCAAUGUGACAGGCUUUCAGCUGGUGGACUUCAGCAAUCCCAUGGUUAUUAAACUCAUGCAGCGCUGGAACAAGUUGGACCAGCGCGAGUACCCCGGCUCUGACGCACCUCCCAAGUACACUUCCGCUCUGACGUACGAUGGAGUGAUGGUGAUGGCAGAAGCCUUCCGGAACCUUCGCAGGCAGAAGGUGGACAUCUCCCGCAGGGGCAACGCCGGAGACUGCCUCGCCAACCCCGCUGCACCCUGGAACCAGGGCAUCGACAUGGAGCGCACACUCAAACAGGUGCGCCUCCAAGGAUUAACAGGAAAUGUCCAAUUCGACCACUACGGGCGCAGAGUCAACUACACAAUGGAUGUUUUCGAAUUAAAAAGUAACGGCCCCAGAAGGAUCGGAUAUUGGAAUGAUGCUGAUAAGUUGGUUCUGACCCAGGAUCAAGCCUUACUUCCCAAUGAAACAUCUGGCAUGGAGAACAGAACCGUGAUUGUGACGACUAUUAUGGAAGGGCCGUAUGUAAUGCUGAAGAAGAACUGGGAGUUGUACGAGGGGAACGAGCAAUAUGAGGGAUACUGCGUGGAUCUGGCAUUUGAAAUUGCUAAACACAUUGGUUUCAAGUACAAGAUCUCCAUCGUGCCUGAUGGAAAGUAUGGAGCUCGGGACCCAGAGACAAAGAUCUGGAACGGGAUGGUUGGGGAGCUGGUGUACGGGAAAGCGGAAAUCGCUGUGGCCCCAUUGACUAUCACUUUGGUCCGGGAGGAGGUCAUAGACUUCUCGAAACCCUUCAUGAGCUUGGGCAUCUCCAUCAUGAUUAAAAAGCCCCAGAAAUCCAAGCCAGGCGUCUUCUCCUUCCUGGACCCGCUGGCCUACGAGAUCUGGAUGUGCAUUGUGUUCGCCUACAUAGGCGUGAGCGUAGUGCUCUUCCUGGUCAGCCGCUUCAGCCCGUACGAGUGGCACACCGAGGAGCCCGAGGAGGGCACUGACGGUCUGCCUAGCGACCAGCCCCCCAAUGAGUUUGGGAUCUUCAACAGUCUCUGGUUCUCCCUGGGAGCCUUCAUGCAGCAGGGUUGUGACAUCUCACCCAGGUCUCUAUCUGGACGCAUCGUGGGUGGAGUGUGGUGGUUUUUCACCCUCAUCAUCAUCUCCUCCUACACAGCCAACCUGGCUGCUUUCCUCACUGUGGAGAGGAUGGUGUCGCCCAUUGAGAGCGCUGAGGACCUGGCCAAGCAGACUGACAUAGCGUAUGGUACUCUUGACUCAGGCUCCACCAAAGAGUUCUUCAGGAGGUCAAAGAUCGCCGUUUAUGAGAAAAUGUGGAGCUACAUGAAGUCAGCCGAGCCCACGGUGUUCACGAAGACCACGGGAGAGGGCGUGGCGCGGGUGAGAAAGUCCAAAGGGAAGUACGCCUUCCUGCUGGAGUCCACAAUGAACGAGUACACGGAGCAGCGCAAACCCUGCGACACCAUGAAAGUGGGAGGCAACCUGGACUCCAAAGGCUACGGGGUGGCCACGCCCAAGGGCUCACAGUUAAGAACCCCCGUAAACCUUGCCGUUUUGAAACUGAGCGAAUCAGGCAUCUUAGACAAGCUGAAAAACAAAUGGUGGUACGAUAAGGGCGAGUGUGGACCCAAGGACUCGGGAAGUAAGGACAAGAGCUCACAGGCCCUCAGCCUCAGUAAUGUGGCUGGGGUCUUCUACAUUCUGGUCGGGGGCCUGGGCCUGGCCAUGCUGGUGGCCCUCAUCGAGUUCUGCUACAAGUCCCGAAACGAAGCCAAGAGAAUGAAGCUCACCUUCACCGAAGCCAUGCGGAACAAGGCGCGCCUGUCCAUUACGGGGAGCGUGGGCGAGAACGGGCGCGUCCUGACCCCCGACUGCCCGAAGGCUGUCCACUCCGGCCCCUCUCUGCGGCAGAGCUCCGGACUGGCUCUGGUGUCGUCCGACUUACCGUGAAAACCAAAAACGUUCAAGUGCCUUAAACUCCACAAGACCGCAAAACAGACAUCAGAAAAACCGACCCUACAGCAAUGACGCCACCAAGCUGAGCAAUCGUGCUGACAAGGUAGAUUUCGAAAGGAUCUUCUCACACCCCGAGGUGCCACCGCAAGAUACUAUACUGUAUGAAGGGUGGUUAUCGCAAAGACUUCUGUGUUUCUGUCAUGUACAUUCAAAGAACUCGUGCUGCCUUUGAGGAUGAAGCAGGUGGGAAGAAAGAACAGCGAACUCAAC